AUGACCACUCGUAUCCAGCAAGGCCGUGUGUGGUCGAUGGACCCGACUCAGGAGAUUGUGCUUAAACAGGCGUGGGGCAUUUUGUUGAAGUUUUUUGGGUAUGAGCUUUCGCUUAAGCUAGACGAGCUUGAACUGGGCAAGUCCUUGGUGAAUUCGGCCCCUGGCAUUCCGGGAGGUCGGCGGGCCGAGUCCGUGUCGUCUGUGUCUAAGGAUUCGCUUCUGCUUAGUUCUGGCGGUUCGUCGUUUGCGUUUCAGUCUUCCAAUACCAAUAUCAAGAGCGUGUACUAUCUGCUUGAAACUGGCGGAAUCGACGACGCCAGCAGUGGCGCUUUUUCUUUGUACCACCAGGAAGAACACCCGGCGUUGUCUCGGUACAUUCCAGAAGACCUCCAUCGCAGUUUGUGGAGUGCUGUGAAGAAUGGCAGUGCCGAUAACUACUUGUUACGGUUUAUAAGACUUUCCAACGGCGACCGGAAGGCGGCUCUUAAAUGGAUCGCUGAGGUUUUGGACUACAGAGUGAACAAGUAUAACAUCACGGAUAUUACGUUUGACGGUGACGCGGUGCCUUACUUUGAAGGGAAGUCGCCUCAGCUCAUCGAGGCUUUCAGAAGAAACGAGGUUUACGUGCGUGGAAACUCCAGAAGCGGCUGUCCGCUUGUGGUGGUGAGAGCCAAGGAACAUUUCAGGCUGAACUGUCCUGACGCCGACUACGAAAAGCUCAUCAUCAUGCACUUUGAAUGGCAGGCUCUUGCCAUGCAAGAGUUCAAGAAAGGUGUUGACCAAGCACAUGUUCUUUUCGAUUUAACUGGCUUUACUUUGAAGAAUGCCGAUUUCCAUGCCGUGAAAAUGGCUGUUAAGCUUUUCCAGAGGAUCUACCCUGACUGCGUGGAAAAGGUGUACAUCCAUAAGGCGCCAAAGAUCUUCAGUGUGAUGUGGAAUAUUAUUGUGAAAUGGAUGAGACCCCAUUUACGUGAAAAGCUUAUUUUCACCCACACGUACGACGAGUUGAGAAAGUAUAUCGAGUCGAAGUACAUUCCAAAAUCCUUGGGCGGUAAGGAUAAGCACAUUCCUACGUAUAUCGAGCCCACCGAGUUCAACUCCAAGAAGAAGGACGCUGACGCUUUACUAGGGAACCUUUUACGACAAAGAGACGAUUUGACCAUCAAGUUCAUCGAGAACACUAUCAAAUGGAUCGAGGCUGCUACCCCAGAAGAAUCCAAGGGCUAUCUCGAUGAAAAGGUUAGACUUUCAAAAGCCAGAGCACAAAACUAUGUCUUUUUGGACCCCUAUCUCAGAAUGAGAGGACCUCACGACAGAAACGGUGAGAUUCUCAGCAUAAGCUACUAA